UGGCCCGCCUAGCGCCGACCCCCAACGCGGAUUGGCUGACGGUGACGUCAUGCGGCUCUUCUUCCCGGUGAGGUCAUCGCAACCGUCCGGAGGACGGUGACCCGACUGCGAGGCCUGAUCGCCCGAGAGCGGCCUGGUGUACAGAAGAGGGAUCAAAAGAAGCGUUUUAUUCGGCACUGAGAUACAAAGAGCCAUUAGACCGCCAAAAGAAUUUCCAGGCCAGAAAUCCCAGUGACUUCACCUCCCGCAGCCUCCAAUUACAGCUGGGAACGGCGGUCAUUAUCGCAGCGCACUCAGAAUUCUUCCAACAUCCCGGGAAGUACCCCCUGCGCUCCGGGAUCGACACUCUGAUGAUGUCAUAGUCGCACACGGAGAAAAGUUUCUUCUCGGGAAGCCCUUUAAACUCUCAAUCGGGUGGAAAAUCUUACUGGUUCCUUGUUGCGGUGCCAGCAGCAUUACCCAACCUGCAAGAUGCCCUGAUGCCGGAGAACGCAGCAUGUGCUGGACAGGGUCGUGAGACUCCCCGAUUGCUUCACCCCUCCCCACAUCUGAGGGCAGAGGUGCCGCCAUGGCUUCCGAGGGCCUCCGGUGUCGGCAGGUGAGCGCCGACAAGCUGGUGGCAUGGAUGGAAGGAGGGAUGGAGAAGGUCCUCCUGAUAGACAGUCGCCCCUUUGUGGAAUAUAACACCUCCCAUAUACUGGACGCCAUCAACAUUAACUGCUCCAAGCUGAUGAAGAGGCGGCUGCAGCAGGACAAGGUGCAGGUGGCUGAACUGAUCCAUCAUUCCGCCAAGCAAAAGGUGGAGCUCGAGUGCCAAGCCCAGCAGGUGGUGGUGUAUGAUCAGAGCUCAUCCGAUGUCUCCUCUCUGCCCUCCGACUGUUUCCUGACGGUGCUGCUCCGCAAGCUGGAAAAGCUGUUCAGCAAUGUCCACCUACUUGCAGGUGGAUUCUACGAGUUCUACUCCUGCUACCCUGGACUGUGUGAAGGGAAGGCCUCCAUGGUCCCCACCUGCAUCUCCCAGCCAUGUCUUCCCAUCUCCAGUGCCGGCCCCACCAGGAUCCUCCCUCACCUCUACCUGGGUUGCCAGAGGGAUGUCCUUAACAAGGAACUGAUGCAGCAGAAUGAGAUCGCCUUCGUGCUGAACGCCAGCAACACCUGCCCCAAACCCGACUUCAUCUGUGACUCCCACUUCCUGCGGGUUCCCGUCAAUGACAGUUUCUGUGAGAAGAUCCUCCCAUGGCUAGACAAGUCUGUGGAUUUUAUAGAAAAGGCCAAAGCCUCUAAUAGUCGGGUCCUGGUCCAUUGUCUGGCUGGAAUCUCUCGCUCAGCCACCAUCGCUAUAGCGUAUAUUAUGAAGCGGAUGGACAUGAGCCUGGAUGAAGCCUACAGGUUUGUCAAGGAGAAAAGACCAACCAUCUCACCGAACUUCAAUUUCCUGGGCCAGCUACUGGACUUCGAAAAGAAGAUCAAAACUCAGGGAGAUCAGGCACCCGCCGCCAUCUGCAAACUGAAAUUGCAGCUGGAGCUGGGCUGCAGUGCCAGUGAAAACCACCUCCCUCCAGUUGCCAUAGAGGUGCCUCAACCACAGAGUCCACAACACGCUCACCCUACCUCAGAGGAGCCACCACAAGCCUUGUACCUCGAAGAGGCUCCACUCCUGCAAGGCCUUAAUGGACUACAUGUGUCACACAGGGAGGACAGCAAUAAAAUAAAGCGCUCUUUCUCCCUAGACAUCAAAUCGAUGUCUUACUGCAGCCUGUCUGCUGCAGCGUCGCUUGUUUCUGCACCGGAGGACAGCAAAGAGUUCUAUAAACCUGUGGCAUCCAUGGAGGGUGGCAGUAAGAUGUGCCAAUUCUCACCUGUGGAGGAGGUCUCUGAGCAGACUCCAGAGGCCAGCCCUGAUCGGGAAGAGGCAAAGAGAGUCCCGGAGAAGCCCACCAGUUGUCGGCAGACUGAAGACAAGCACCGGCAAGCACAGCAGACAUCAUCUCGAAGCAGCUUCCUGUCUCAGCGCUCUCUGGCUGCACCCCUUUUCCGCAGCGGCAGCAUGGAGGACCACCGCAAAGCUAACUUCCUGUUUGGACUGUCUAGCAGCCAGCAGCACCUGGCCAAGCCAGCAUUGGGCCUUAAAGACUGGCAUUCUGACAUUUUGGCGACUCAGGCCUCAUCGCUUACAGGCAGCUGGUACUUCACCUCUGAUGCCCCCCCGCACUUUUAUUCUGCCUCCACAUUGUACAGCGCUGGUGCCUUUGCAGCCUACAGCUGUGGCCAGCUGCCCACAGACCCCUCUUGCGCGGUGCGUAGGAGGCAGAAGCCCUGCACCCGUGGGGACUCUAGGCGCAGCUGGCACGAGGAAAGCCCUUUCGAAAAGCAGUUCAAGCGCCGCAGCUGCCAGAUGGAAUUUGGGGAAGGCCUAGUGGACAGCAGGUCCCGGGAAGAACUGGGCAAAGUAGGCAGCCAGACUAACUUCUCCGGCAGUAUGGAAGUCAUUGAAGUUUCUUGAGACCCGCCAAUCACGGGGAGGGUGGGGGGGGACUGGGAGGAGCCAGCAAGCUGGACUUCUUGGGUGGUAAAUUUUAAAAUUUUAUUUUUGUGCUCAUCUUGUUCCCUGUGAAAUCUGAAUGUUGUGUUUAGGGAAACUCACUAUGAAAAUGUUGUACAGAUGCUUUUGGUUGGGUAGCCGAAAUCUAUUCUGGUUUUGUUUGGAGCCUCCAGAACAUUGACGUACGAUUUUGAAGAUGUACGGUUAGAGCAGGCAUAGAGAGUCUUGUCGAGGAACUACAAGUCCAAGCAUGCCUUUUUAACAGAAGAAUGCUGGAACCUGUAGCGCCUUUUGGCUGGUGGGACAAGAGUACCGCCUGCCUGGACUACAGCGGGCGCUGUUUGGCGAUUUUGACACUUGAACUCUUUAUACGCAGCACUUGACAUGAACAGAGUUGGUACUCAUCGAAACUCUCUUCAAUUCCUGAGGGCAAAUGUGUGUUCAUUUUUAGUUUCAAUUAGUUUUAAAUUUUGAAAGAAAUUCGUACCAAUUGCCGUGAUAUGUAACCAAAACAGAGUCUUGAUUUUAGGAGGUGGUAGCAGCUGAAAUCUUAAUUUUAAUCAAUUUAUAUCUGGGGGUUAGAAGGAAAAAUUUUCCUCCCUAAAAUUUUAUUUUUUUCAUAAUAAAUUGUGUUAAGCUGGAA